AUGCAGACACCUUCAAGAGGAAGGGGCCAGAGAAAAGGGAAGCGAAAUGACCGCUAUUUUGACACAGAUGAUGAUGAUGAUGAUGAUGAUGAAGAGAAAGUAAAACAGCCUGCAAAGAAACAGAAGACAGUUAAAAAGAAAACCUCAAAUUCAAAGGUGUCAAAUGAGUAUAUUGAAAUGCUCAAAGAAAAAAUUUCAGGAAAAAAGCAGGCACAGGAUAAUUGUGAGGACAACUCUGCAGAAUCAUGUGAUGAAUCUGAUAAUCAAGAGAUUGAGCCGGCCUUUAUGAAUGUGAAGGAUGACGAUUCUAUGCAAAAGAAACUGUAUGCCAAAGAUGAACAGAUAAAGUCAUUAAAGAAGCAAAUUAAGAAUAUGAAAGACACACAAGAUUUGCAAGACUUAGUAAGGCAACUGAAGGAUACAGUGGAAAAGCUGAAUAAGUGGAUUACACCUGGCCGUAAAUGGGAGCAACAAAAUAUGAUCAGUGAACCAUCUGGAACUAAUAAAGAAUCUUCUGAGUCUUCACCAAUUUUAACAACUGCAAAUCAGUGUUCCAGUUCUGACAAUGAACCUGACAGAGUGAGUUAA